AUGUCCUCCGCCUGCCCCACCCCGCUGACAAGAGUCCCAGUCGCCAGGCCACCCUCUCAGUCUGGGGCCCUCAAGGGGCAAGACCCAGAAACCCCUGCUCCCACCUCUGUGGCCCGACUGCAGAGCCCGGAAUCCCAAGCGGCUGGAGCACUGGGGCACACCCAGACAGAGCCUUCGCUGGACCAGGUCCUCCGGGAGCGAGAUGACGCUAUCGCCAAGAAGCGGGCCGUGGAGGCUGAGCUGGACACGUGCAGAGCCAAGCUGCGUGCUGUGGAGGCCCAGCUGCUGGAAGUUCUGGAGGAGAAGCUGAGACUGAGGCAGGAGGUGGAGGCCUGGGAGGAGGACAUGCAACGGCUGGUGCGGCAGCAGGUUGAGAGUCAGCUGCAGAGAGAGUCCCGGGGUGCUCCGGGAGCCCCCGCAGACCCUGGAACUGCCAGGACCCCCUGGAUCCGAUUCCCCCUGAGUCGGUGGGGACGCUGGCGGUGAGAAAGCUCAGCCCAAGACCUUGGGAGGAGUGUCUUUAUUCAUUAAAAUUUGAGGUCUGACCCCUUCUGCAUCC